UACAUUCGAUGUACAUAGAGAAUAGGUCUGAAAUCCCAUACACUGAUCGUCGCACUGUCCGAGUUGACACAGAUUCUAAACACGUAUGGUCGCCGCCGUUUGUCUUAUGCUUAGGAUUACGGGCAGUCUUCUCAUAACAUUGUAAAAACUACCGUAGAUUUUCAGAGAGACGGCUAUUCAUUUCAGACUGGGUGUCUAGCAAGAAAAAUACAAAAAGGAUAGUUUACAUUAAACUCCAACAUAAAGCAUCUACAUUCCUCUCCCUGGAGGGUCGUGGUGUACACUGGAGAUAUUUAUCUUUCGGGGGCCAGUGAGCUACCCCCGCAAUCCCAGGUCUGGACGCAGUUUCUCAAUGGAAUAGAUUUUGGCGACAUUUUUUUUUUUUUUACAUGUGAAACCUUCCAAUAUUGACUUUUAUUUUUCAUACAAUGGCAUUAGAUGAGAAGAUGCAUAGAUGAUAUAAGUAUACGGAUGAAGUGAUGAUUCUAUAUCGUUUUAUAUUGAACUGUGUCGUUUUGUUGGUCUGGGAGCAUCGUUGGGUGACCGCUCAAAGUGCACGUGAUGCUUGGAACCGACUGAGGCACCCCUUUGAGCCGGAGGAACGCAAUUCUAUUUCAUUCCAUGAUGGGACGCGUCCAUUUCCCUCGAACCAGCUGCCGAUCAUUGACUUAGAGGAAAAUCCGAAUCCGCUAUACGAUCCGAAGGAAGAGGAUCUGGAGUAUAAACGCUUGCGUCGCUUGCUAGGGAGAGACUUUGACCGGGACUACAUGUCCACUGUGAGACCGCUAGAACAUGUGUUGCACAGAAAUGGAACUUUGGAUUUUAAAAUCAAAAAGGGACGUCCAAAAGGGAGGAGGCCCCUCUUCAUCAAAUACUUUGGACAGCGUGUCUAUACGGGUGAAACUCAGAAACCUAUCAGACUAAAACUCAAACGUGAGGAUAGAAAAAAAGUGCAAAAAUAUUUAUGGAGUUAUACUCAUUGUCCAGUUUUCCACACGUGGAAAGACUUGGGGGUUAGAUUUUGGCCCCGCUGGAUUCGGGAAGGACAGUGUUUUAGGGGGAAAUCGUGCUCUAUUCCCCCUGGAAUGUACUGUCAGCCCAGUGACUCUAUGCGUAUAACGUUACUGCGCUGGUACUGUCGGGGUCCGGAAGUUGGGACAAACUGUUCCUGGAUAAAAGUGCAGUACCCAGUGCUCACGGAAUGUGCGUGUUCGUGCUCAUAGCGAUAUUGAACGAAGACAAAUAGAAAAGUCUUCAAGUGGUGAUCACUAAAUAUAGGGAUUUCAAAUUGCAGAUCCAGCUGAGUUUGAUAUGAAGGGAUCUUAAAAUCGAACGCAAACAGCGGAACAAUGGGUUAAAUUUAUCAUUGAAAACUUCCAUGGCCAGUGUUUUCAUUUAGAAAGACACAGUGAAAAUAUAUUGACUCUGUCGUAUUUAAUUGCUAUUCUGGGUGUUACUAGAAGUUAUAUUGGAGUACGUUCAUGGUGUGAAACAACAAAAUACGUCACCCGAAGACUCCAAAUACGACCCUUAGUUCUCGUACAAACUCUGUUUAUAGAAACACAAGGAACUCGGGUGAUCCUCUAUCCCGUCUUAUCCCGAUGUGUAAUCUCGUUUUCACAGAUUAUCGUCGCCUCUUUCACUUGGACAUCUACCGAAUAAUCUGAGAUGGCGAGGAAAAUUCUACAUGGAAAUUAAAAAACGCGAUUAACUGAGCCCCGUGCUGGAAAGUUUGAAGAAUCUGUCAAACAAACUGAAGAACUGAACCAGUGAAUAGCAAUCUCUGUUAGAUAAUUUCUCUUAUAUCAGCUCAAUGUGUGAAGAGGCCGAGUUCAAAGCGUCGCUGUGUGACCAAGCUCGUCUGUGCGCUCAUCAACCUUCUACUCUAGUUGAUAAAAUGCCAUGUUUAAACCUUGUAAUGGAAAUACAUUGAUUAAGAAAGGUACAUUGAAGAAAUAUUUGGAUCUUAGCAGACGCCGCGACGACAUAGCGGCAUUAUGGGGCUUAUAUUGGUGUUAAAACACACUACCCUCGCUCCCUCGAGUUCUGAACUAGAAGGGCUUUCGUUUGUUUAUGGAAUAAACAAUAUCUCAUUUAUUUAUCCGCUGAAUGUGGUCAUUAUCGUUAAUGAUUGUUCUUUAGAUGCACGUCUUAGUGCGGUAAACUAGAUGCUUGGGUUGUUAUUACAAACGCCGGGGAUAGCUUCUCCAGCGCGCGGCCGUCCGCCACGACCACGUCCUCCGGUGGGAGACGGCGUCUACUCCUUGGCAGAAAUACCUAGACAUUCGGGCUACAAUGUAGUGGUGAUCUUAGCCUUUCAUUUCUAACGAGUAAUUUGGUUUCCGGCAAACCGAGUACCGUACCAGAGAGACUGAUAUUACAUGGACUCUGUAACCUUCGCUAGUGCAAUUGCUGUUGUUUUUUGUUUAUUGACAAUUGUACUAAACCAUGGGUCAUCCUCACUCUGUAUAUAUAUGUGAUGGUCAUAUUUUUUUCGUAUGACCAGAAUAUUUAUUGAAAAAAAUAAAACUUUAAUUUAAACUCUGA